AUGAACUAUUUGUUAGUAGAUAAAACACGUUCGAGAUCAACAAGUCUAUUUUCUGAUGUCAAAAGUAUUACGAGAGAAACAAACGAACGUCUUUUAAUUUUUGUCACCGAAGAAUUGAAGCGUAGUCAAGGAUCUCAUGUACAUCAUGAUCGGGAAGUUUUUACGGAUUUAUUAAAUGAGAAAAAAGGCAAAAUUUCGGUGUUUUACUGUGGACCACCAGCAUUAUCAACAACGUUAACAACGAAAUGUCGUCAAUACGGAUUUGUUUAUAAAAAAGAGUUAUUUUAA